AUGUCUUUGGGUUAUGCAGAGAAGCUCUCUUACAGGGAAGAUGUGGGCACUGUCGGCAUGUCUGAGAUUUUCGACCCCAACCACCUUUUGCAACAAAAAAUUGAGCAGCUUGCAUUGUUGAUUGAAGAGAGUAAACAUCUAGUGGCAUUUACUGGUGCCGGAAUUUCAACUUCUUGUGGAAUACCCGAUUUCCGAGGCCCAAAAGGAGUUUGGACACUGCAGCGUGAAGGAAAAGGAGUUCCUGAAGCAUCUUUGCCAUUUCAUCGUGCCGUGCCAAGUCUGACACACAUGGCUUUAGUUGAACUGGAAAAGAGAGGCAUCUUGAAGUUUGUUAUUAGCCAGAAUGUUGAUAGUCUCCAUCUCCGAUCUGGAAUACCAAGAGAAAAGCUUGCAGAAUUACACGGAAACUCAUUCAGGGAAAUUUGCCCUUCAUGUGGAGCAGAGUACCUGCGGGAUUUUGAGGUUGAGACUAUUGGGUUGAAGAUAACACCAAGACGCUGUUCUGAUGUGAAAUGUAACUCAAAGCUUAGAGAUACUGUCCUUGAUUGGGAGGAUGCGCUUCCCUCAAAGGAGAUGAAUGUCGCUGAGAAACAUUGCCGUAUGGCUGAUGUGGUCCUUUGUUUGGGAACCAGUUUGCAGAUCACUCCAGCUUGCAACCUGCCUUUAAAAUGUCUCCGCGAUGGAGGGAAGAUAGUAAUUGUCAAUCUUCAGCCUACUCCAAAAGACAAGAAAGCAAAUUUGGUGAUCCACGGGCUUGUUGACAAGGUAGUUGCAGGGGUUAUGCAGCUUCUUCAUAUGCAGAUUCCUCCAUACAUUCGAGUUGAUAUUUUCCAGGUGGUUUUCUAUCAAUUCCGCUGCAUUUCAGAGAAAAAAUAUGCGAAGUGGUCUCUAAGGGUAACUAGUGUACAUGGAGAAAGAGCUCCAUUGCCGUUCAUUAAAUCAGUUGAGGUUACCUUCCCUGAAAGGCCAGAACUAAAAUCAGCUACACUGGAGAAGCAACCAUUCUUACUAAAAAGGGAAAUGCUCAAAUCAAGACCUUUUAAAAUGGUUCUGAAGGUUAAUUUCAGUGAUGGAUGUGGCUGUCCAUUUACCAGCAUUGAGUUCCCAGUAAAUUUGCAGAAACAAACAGACAGCACUAGCCAAGAUGAAAAUGUUGUAAUUCAGAAGCUGAAAGACACAGCAAUGAUGGAUGAAUGCUGCGGGAAGUUUUCUUUAGUUGAGAAAAAGAUCCUUUCAGGCCUGAAAAAGGAAAUUGCCAUAUAUGCCGGCGCUACAAACAUGGUUAGAUACUGUGAUUCUUCAUCAAGCAAAGGCUUUGGCAAUAUCAAGUGGGCAGGUAAACGAGAAAGAAAAGAAAUCAAUGUUAAAGGGAAAGGUUGCUCUGUGGCAAGGCAUGAAGACGAAAUUGUGAAGAAAUUGAAGUAUUCAACUCUUGGCAUUCAACAGGACAAAUCUGCAUAUACUAUCCUCAUCAUGGCUCCAGCAGCAGCAGGGGAUUCGAUUAACCCAAGGGAUGUUUGCAUUGUUGGCAUUGCCCGUACUCCAAUGGGUGGCUUUCUUGGCUCUCUUUCUUCAAUAUCAGCAACCAAGCUCGGAUCAAUAGCCAUUGAGAGUGCUCUUAAGAGAGCAAGCAUUGAUCCAUCACUAGUCCAAGAAGUGUUUUUUGGAAAUGUACUCAGUGCAAAUUUGGGACAGGCCCCUGCCAGGCAGGCGGCAUUAGGUGCAGGGAUACCCAAUACAGUGGUCUGCACUACUGUGAACAAAGUCUGUGCAUCGGGGAUGAAAGCAACUAUGCUUGCGGCACAAAGUAUCCAGUUGGGCAUUAAUGAUGUUGUUGUGUCUGGUGGCAUGGAAAGCAUGUCCAAUGUACCUAAAUACCUGGCAGAAGCAAGGAAGGGAUCCCGACUUGGACAUGAUUCUCUUGUUGAUGGAAUGUUGAAAGAUGGCCUUUGGGAUGUUUAUAAUGAUUAUGGCAUGGGAGUUUGUGCUGAGUUAUGUGCCGAAGAACAUGGAGUUACCAGAGAGGAGCAGGAUAAUUAUGCCAUUCAAAGCUUUGAACGUGGCAUUGCUGCUCAGAAUGCUGAUGCUUUUAAAUGGGAGAUUGCUCCAGUUGAAGUAUCUGGAGGAAGAGGAAAACCAUCUACAAUUGUUGACAAGGAUGAAGGUCUAGGAAAGUUUGAUGCUGCAAAAUUGAAGAAGCUUCGACCAAGUUUCAAGGAAACUGGUGGUACUGUGACAGCUGGCAAUGCUUCUAGCAUAAGUGAUGGUGCUGCUGCUCUGGUCUUAGUGAGUGGAGAGAAGGCUCUUAAGCUUGGUCUGCAAGUGAUUGCAAAGAUCACAGGAUAUGCUGAUGCUGCUAAGGCACCUGAAUUAUUUACAACUGCCCCAGCCCUCGCAAUUCCGAAAGCUAUAUCAAACGCUGGUCUAGAAGCUUCUCAAAUUGAUUUCUAUGAAAUCAACGAGGCUUUCGCGGUUGUGGCUCUUGCAAACCAAAAGCUGCUGGGACUUGAUCCAGAGAAAGUCAAUGUACACGGAGGAGCUGUAUCCCUGGGGCAUCCUCUUGGUUGCAGUGGAGCACGUAUCUUGGUCUCACUUUUGGGGGUAUUGAAGCAGAAGAAUGGGAAAUACGGAGUUGGUGCUCGUGUAACCUUCUUCAGUUUAGCUAUUUUCGAGAGUGGACCAUACAUCUGA